GGACUCUGAGACCAUGGAGCUUCAUUCACUCUGCUGAACACACACACACACACACACACACACACACAUGCUCUGCAAAGCUGUUCUCAGGCUGAGAGAAAAGGGGAGCGGAGGAGAGGAUAGCACGCUGGCUGAGUGGUGAAAGACAGGAAAAACAGAGACUCUGAACAGGGCCAAAGAGGGACAGAGGGGUACAUCACACCCUGGAGAGCGGGGAGGUUUCAGAUCCUCUGACUUGGUCCCUGUCAGUAGACACGCUGGUACUGGGCCUUAACUCCCAGGACCAGCCUCCAGGAUGUCCCGGAGGAGGUCUACAGGGGACCUGGUGCCUAAGGAGAUCAGCGAGAUCUUAGCUCGGGAGGCAAGGAUUCAACGUGGGCAGAAGAAGUCGGGAAGCUCCCUGGGACACGCCUUUAGCUGGUUUAAAGGGAGCAGGAAGAAGAAGAGCAUCGGAAAUGGGCUGAAUCGGGCUGUUAUCAGAGUGACGGAUACCAAACUUCAGAACCAUGAACCUGCAAAAACUGGCCAGAAAGCUAAUGAGGACCAGAAAAGGUUGACCGUCCACUACACAACCUCUCAGCACUACCAGGAGAAUGUCUUCAUCGAGGGCAGCAGGCCACAGUACCUGGAGGACCUGCAUACGGAGGCCCAGGAAGGCCUCAAGAUCCUACAGCAGGAAGAACACAAGAAUGGAGUAAACUUUCCUGACAAUGAGAGCAUUGCUUCUACAGACACUCUGCGCCCGGAACAGGAUAUCAGCUCCAAGGACGGAGGUUUCUCUCUGGAGUCGAGAUCCACCGCAGGGAGCACUGAUACCACAGUAACCUCUGCUGUGUCGACAAGGCCUGUGCUCACCCGCCAAGGUUCUACAUUCAAGCCUCUGAACCCAGUGAAACGAUUGGACAGGAGCAGGAAGAGGAGCCGGAGGACCACCAUCAUGGGCAUUCCUAACCAGGUCCAGAAAGAACUUGCAUUGCACAGAACCUCCACCUUCCAGCAACUUGUUUCCACUCAGCCCCUUAAUCAUGACGGACAGGUCAGAACCAGCCAAUCGGGCAUUCUGAUUAUUCCCACGGUUGAUGGAGGAACUCCAGUUGCAAACAAGGAGGGAGCGAGGGUGCAUCUUUCAGAGCUAGAGCAUGCUGCAUCCAGAGAUGAACAGCUUCUGACGAAGCACCUCCAGGCGAUGAAUCAAAACCAGCAGCCCUUCAAUCACCAGGGCUUCGGCCCCACCUCAAAUCUGAGACCUAAGUCCCUUGCAGUACCUGGCAUGACCACUUCAUGCACCUUCUCUUCUGCAUCAAUGCUUAGCUUUCUUCAGGAACCCCAGGGCCCGGUGAUGUCAGUUUCUCCUCAGGCAACCUACUUGUCCACGAUCAUCCCAAAUGCAGUCUUGCCAGCAUCGGUUGAAGUCAUCGAGAUCGACCGCAGCAGCAGCCGGACACGUGGCAGCAGUAUGAACCACAGCGGCAGCGUCCGCGCUGUAAGCAAAAGUAGCCUGGCAUCAGGAGAUUCAUCAGUCAGCCCUUUGUUGUCCAGAAGAUCAGCCGGUGAUGGAUCCCAGGCAGACACUUUUCACAACAACUCCAAACUUAUGCCCACUUCAGAUUCAGGGUCAAACUGGAGCGAGCCCCAGUCCUCAAAGACGAUUAUUUCACACUCCUCUCCCGGAUCCUCUAAGGGUAGCACACAUAGCGCUCACUCACAGAGAGCGACCCCAAAUGGGCAAGAAACCCAGGAAGAGCGUUCCGGUGGGGACAAUGACCUUGCCAGCCUCCGUAGCUCAGUUAGCAUGAGCAGCAGUAGAAGUGAAAGUGUUUUUACAGGUCAAGGAUGCGAGUCUGGUGUUCCAGGGUUGGCAACACCAGGAGAGGAUGGAAAAACCAAGCAGAAUUUCGCUCGGAGUUUGUCUGUUAUGAAGACAAAGCAACCUCCUGCACCUCCGAGGAGGACAAACUCUUUGCAUGGUAACAGGAUCAGGAGCAACUCCAGGGUUCUGGUAGAGAGCAAAGAACUUAAUGAAUCUGUGUCUGGAAAGUUGGCAAAUGAUACAGAAAACACUGUAGUGAAGGACAAGAGCAGUUCAGUUGCUCAGGAUACCACUAAGAAUCCUGUGUCAAACUCUACUGGGCCCAUCUCCUGUGAGGCUUCUACCAGUCCCUUGAGCCCCUCACAGACCACAGAAAAGGCAACAGAGCCCAAGUCGGAAUGCACCAACUCAUCUCCACAGAAAACUCCCUCUGAAGGAGGGAAAUUUGAACGCACCAUGUCCCCUUCCAGUGGGUACUCAAGUCAGAGUGGCACACCAACACUGUCCCCAAAAGGGAUCUCUCCAACCUCCCCCGAAAAGCAGAAGAAGAUACCAGUCAAACCAGACAGAUCAGUGUCCCGGGCCUCAUCCUCAGCAGCCUCUCCUUCCUCCUCUCUAACCUCUCUCUCUUCCGGUACAUCCGAGUCUGUCCAUCCACAUGUUUCCACAUGUAGCCCCAGUCCCCCUCCGCAGGGAUCUUCCCCUAAUGCUGCUGCAAAAGAGCACAUGCCAAAACACAGUCCUUCAUCUUUAGGGGCUGAAGUCAGAGAGCUGUUAAACAUCCCACCACCUCCUAAAGUCCAAGCACCAUGCUCUCCUCCUCCAGAGACGUGGGUCCACAACAGACGCUCCUUUGAGCUCCUGUGUGGGCCUUGCCCCGAUGCCGGCAAAGGAGCCCAGAAACCAGCAGAGGUACCGGACAGCACAGUCAAGCAAGCAGGAACGCAGACUGAAGCCAUCGAAGAGAUCAAAGUUUUAGAUGAAAAACAAUCAACUGUGGACAAAUCUGCCUCAGUGCUGCAAGAGGAUACCGCCAAGCCAGAGGCGGUGCCAGAAAAAGCCCCUGCUCACAAGGAGCUGGAGAACAGGGAGUCUGCAGACAGUCAAGACAGAACAGAGGCAGUGACAGACACUCAGAAACAAGAACAGAGCAGUAACCCUGAAGUCAAGCUUUCUGAGAGUCAAGAGACUCCAAAGAAGGAGCCCCCUCCUGUCAUGAAGAAACCCGUGACAGUACUGCACAGAGAAGAUCUGAAGGAGCCCUUCGUGGAUAGGCAGCAAAAUCAGAUAAGCAGCAGUGCAACAAAAGAAGCUGUACCUGUUAAGAACAGUACAGUCCCAUCACUGGAUGAGGUUUCUGUUUUAGCUGAUAAGAGUGAGAAUGAGACAGAAAGAGAGGUCCCACCAAUGCAGACUCUUUCUGUAGAAGUCCCCAAAAUCAGUAGGACCUCACCACCUCCUACCCCUCCCCCAGCAUACCACCCCACACCCCCUCUAUCAAGAAAAACCCCUACAUCGUCAGUAUCUACGCCACCUGAUGAUCUAGAGAGGGUUCAGGAAGAGAGCCAUGUUGCAGAGUCUUGCUGGCCACCCCCUCCACCUCCUAUGGAAGGAGACUCUGUCUUUGACGGAGGAGAUGAGGUGGACUUUCCUCCACCUCCUCCACCCUUUGUGACAGAGAGCAUGCCAAAAGUGAUGGACAGUGAUAUGGCGGAGCUGGAUCUCUCAGAGGGACCCACAGAGGAAGUGGAAGAGACGACUGAGGAUGCAAGUGAAGCUGGGAUUUCUGUCCGUGAAGAAACUCCUGAUGUGUCUCAAGCAGUCAAACCAGAGGUUGAUGUACAGGUUUUAGAAGCCAACUCCUGUGAUGAGAUUGCUUGCAGGCUGGAGCAGAAUGCUUUGCCGGUUUCAGACGACACCCAGCCACUUGCACCAGUGGAUGCACCUAUUUCACAACCUGUCACGAAAGAAGAGAACUCAGUGUCCGUCUCUGCUUUAGCUCCUUCAAGUACCGCUCUGAUGCUAGAGUCUAUGGAGACUGAAAAUCCGCCUCCCUCUGAGCCUCCUGUAGCCCCCCCACUACCAGCAGAGAAUUUAGCCCAUGGCGUUAACUUCAGAAGGCAGCACAGUGUAGCAAAUCGAGACACCAGGAGCAAGGAGCUCCUUUCUCGCCACAAAAGCGCACCCAUUCCCAAAGAGGAUGCUAACAUACCCCUGGUUACUCCCUCACUGCUUCAGAUGGUUCGUCUUAGAUCCGUUAACGUGGCUGAGGACCCGGUAAAAGCUCCAUCAGAGGACAAACCAACAAACCAAGAAGCUCCAGCUCUUGAGAAUAGCACAGUCUUAACCCCGGGACCUCAAAACAUUCCACAGAAGCCGAUCCGCAAGUCACUGUCGCUAAAAUCUCCCCCAAAGACAGUCAAAACAUCUUCCGUGACACUUACCACCCCUUCCAUGCGCUUACAGGAAGCCAUACGCAUGAAAACUGCUGCUAUGUCCUCCAGGGAUUGUGUCACGUCUCGACUGGGAGUGAGGUCAGCUGCCUACAGUUUUGUCGGCGAGCAGAAAUCACCUGAAGGACAUGACGUGCACAAGUCGCCAGCCAAUACCGCCAGCUUCAUCUUCUCCAGGAGCACAAAGAAGGUUGUCAUAGAGCCCGCGUCUGCUUCCUGCCCAGAAGUUCAGGCGAGUCUGAAGCAGAGCUUGGCAGCUGAGCUUCUGCAGCUGACUGACCAAUCAAAGACUGCCGGCUUCUCCAACGGUGGGGUGAAGUCUGAUAAAGUACCCCCACCUGUAGCUAAGAAACCAGCCCAUGGGAGUGCAUAUCCUUCACAAAAUCUUCCUGCUUAUUCAGCAAAGAUGGACUUAAGUGUUGGAGGAAAUGGAGCCAUAGGAGUACAGAAUGUGAGUGGAAUAACAUACCCUGAGACAACUACACGAGUGACAGCAGACACAAUUGAAACACUGUUCUGAGCGAUUUUGGAGAUGACUGACGACGGCUCACGGAAAGACUUCAAGCAAGUCAAGGACAACUCAAAACCGGACGUUACAAAGGGACAGACUUCAAGAGUGUUGUGUGUUUGGUCUUCUCCAAAAGCCUUAGCCUCUUACGGCCUUCCUUCGUAUUUAUGCAAAAAAAAAAAGUGUUGCUCUGAGUUUCUUAUGAAAGCUUUAUUCUGGAGUAUUUUUCUAAACUAGUUCUCUUAUCGAGGCCCCUCAGGGUGAAAGGCUGGACAAUGGCAGAACUGUAAAUAUUUGUCUAGUGUGAUAUCGCCUCCCUGAGGUAGAAAUGGGUAGUGCUCACUGCAGCUCAACAGAGAUUCGUCUCACAACAUUUCUGUACAAAGGUUUUCCAUCUGUUAGUCUUUCCCUCUGUUAUAAUAGAAUGAAUUUACGUCACUAUUUCGUCACUUUUAUGCUUCAAGAUCUAAACAGGAUUAAUCUCACUCAGCUUUUCACUGCAGGGGUUGAAAUGUGGCCCUGGUAUGUAGAGUUUGAGAAAAGGGAUGCUGCAUAAUCCCAGUAAUGUUUGUUUUAUAGGACCGAGGCACUUUUGUCACGCUGGGUUGGCACAGAGACAUUAAGAUUUACUUAUCAGAUAAGAGCGACUGCUUUAAUGCCAUGAUGCUUUUACACAGUCCAUUCAGGUUUAAUAAAGAGUCUGACAGGUACUCAGAGACCUUUUAGGACAUUAAUUUCUGCGUUGUUUCUCUUAAAGCACUGUCCGUCAUCCCUUCCCACCAACCAGCAGUCUAGUUCAAAUGAGAAACACUUUUAGGACCAUGGGAGUGAAAAAUGGCCCUAGUAGACUCAGGGCCAAUCCCUUUUCUACCCCUUUGUCUACCCCUUCCUCUUCAAGGGGUAGGGGUCAAAACCUUCCCCUAGAAGGGUGGUUCUCAAUGUGGGGGUCGGGACGCAGAGAGGGGUUCGCCAGAUGCCUUAAAAAAAUUAGAUUUUUUUUUAAUGAUUUCAAAUUGUAUAUUUGAUCAUUUCUAUGAAAAUAUAUGCAUAAAGUUGGUUUAAUGUAAAAUAAAAUAGUCAUUUGGUGAGAUUUAUGCUGGAAUUAAAGUAAUGUUUAAAAAUCUGCUGGGCCCCUGACAAACCAGAGACUGGGCCCUCCCAUUCUUUGAGUUCUAAUGUUGAAAGUAUUCACUUGUGCCAUCUUUUCAACCACUUUUUCCCACCAGUUUUUGCCACAUUAAACUCAUUUCUAAUACCUGACACGUCAGAUGGAUUUGUUUCACACAUCCAUCUGGAAAACCACCCCUACACAGCGUUUGGGAAAGGGCAGAGCCUUUGAAAAAAAAACUCAGAGGGUGAUUGGAUGAAUGUUCUGUCAGUCACAUCUUUACAGGCCAAUCAGAGCAAAAAAAUAUGUGUCGUAGCCCCUACCGACAAGUAAACUCCAUAGAGAACUGCAUAACACGAACCAUGGCAACUGUAGACAUGUCAGCACACCACUUUUGUGGUUUUUGAAAAGAAAACAACUCUCUGCUGUUCUUUGUUCUUCUUUUAAUGAGGAAAUGUCGUGAAGUUCUGAUAAAACUGGCGCUUUAGCAGCAUCCAUGCUAGUGUCUCCCACCAUAUCUGCACCAGUCUCUUGUUACUGCUUGCUUGAGAGGCAUCUGGCUGCAGCCCUCGAGCAAACCUCUACGCAGGGGCGUUCGGCUGGAGACCUCUAUGGUGGGGCGUAACCUUUGCGCUGGGGCGUGAUGUAUAUUGCCCGAGCCGACGGACCUCUACGCUGGGGCGUGACGUAUAUUGCACGUGACGAAAUUUCAGCUCUAUCCGCUUGCCGACAGGCUUACCCCAAUUUUAAUGCCUAAAUCUAACCAGUCGGAUUUAAACGCCUAAACCGAACCAGUCGGGUUUUAAUAGCGUAGGCCCAUACGCUGGGGCUUAUGGGGCUUAAAAAUAUUUCCUCUUUCCACCCUUUCGUUGCCUCUGUUGACCCAGUAUUGCCACGAUUAACCCCUUUUUUAUACCAAUUUUAACCACAUUCACUGUUAUGCCCUUCUUUGUCAGUUCAAACCAUUUCUGCCACUUUCUACUUUUUUCUGCCUCAGUUAACCUAUAAUUGCCAGUUUAGACCAAUUUUACCCAGUUUUUAAAUCCCAUUUCACCACCUUUUUCACCAAAUUCUUCCACUUUUAAGCCAAUAUUGCCACUGUUAACCAUUUUUGCCACUUUUAUCUAAAUUUCACCACUUUUAACCCAUUUUUAUGCUGUUAAAGAAAAGGGGUUUGGAUCUAUAAGAUGGCUUUAUACUAUGGCACAAAUUAAUUUAGAAAAGAUUUUUGUUGCUUUGAUGAGAGUCAUUAUUCGGGAAUAAAAUAAACUAUAGAUUUCAUAGUGUAACAUAUAAUGACUCCUUCAGCUCCCAGUAACACUGGGCCCCAGAAAGCACCCCGCCCCCCCUGAAUGGGCAGCCUUGUCUGCACAUGACUGCGUUCAAACCACCUUCAGGUUCAGCUGCAUUGAGUUCACAUAAACAAAACACCCUCAUCAAACGUAGUACGGUCAAUAAAGUUUGGUCCAUCUCGUUAAUACUGGAGGUCUCUUGUGUUAAUUUUCUCCAUACAUUCAUACAGUUAAUAGCCCUGGUGUACACGUGUAGAAUAAACUCCCAUUCCUAGUAGCUAAAGAGAUAUGUGUGAAACACAACUGUCGUAUUUUCUAUAAUAUUUGUAAAUGCUGAAAAUAUUUAUAUCUCUGCGCCUCCUUGGUGGUCUGUUGUGCCAUUUUGCAAGUGAACGCAGUGCAUGGUGGGAAAUUCAUCACAGCCCUCAGUUUCAGUCGUUGAUUCAAGAGAGAACUGGGAUCCACGCUGAGGGGUAGAAGUGGGAUUGGCCCUCAGUGUGAAAGCAGUGUUUAUGUUAAAUGCUCUGUAUCUAAACCUUUGACCCCUGACCCUUUUGUUGUGGAAAACCAAGCUCAGUACUUUUUGCACAAAAUGCUUUACCCCAGCAGAAUCAUUGGCGAGUGAAUUUUACAGACUCUGUCACGGGUCAAAAAUCUACAUCUUGAUAAUUAUAAAGAAUUAUGUACAGUUAUUACUUCUAUAAAUA